AUGGCGCCCGUCAUGCAGCCGCUCGACCCCGCGGAGGAGCCCGACCGCCUGCCGCAGCCGUUUCGGAUGAUCGACCGCUUGCUGGGGCGGCUGCUCGACAACGCAGUGCGCGUGGCGCAGCUGCGGCGGGAGGAGCGCGGGGUCGCGGCCAGCUGCAGGGUGGAGCGGGUGGUGCUCCCGCGCCACGUGUGCGCCGCAAGCGGCGCUUGCAGAAGCUUCUGCCCAUCUGCUGCAGGGAACAUGUGCGUUGCGGCGACAGCGCCGACAGCACCUGAAUCCCCGCCGGCAGCUGCGGCAGCCACGUCCGGCUGCGACCUGCUCACCAUGCCGGCCGGCGGUGGCCCUGAAUUUGGCCUCGCCGCCAGCAGUUGCCGGCCCUGCUCCAAGGCGGUCGUGGCACUGGACACAGCGGCGGCGGCAGAAACUUCUGGCGGCAGUCAGGCGGCGGCAGGCGUUGAGCCCCAGUGGGCGCCGAGGCCGCGCUCGAUCGUGGCGGCGGGGGCGGACGACGGCUCGCUGCAGCUGCUGGCAGUCAACGCAGACGGCAGCAUCUGCCCGCUUGCAGAGGCGCCGCCUCCCCGAGACUCAUUGGCGUGCACCAGGGUGCAGCUCAGCCCGUGCGGCAGGUUUGUCGCCAGCCAGCUUACGGAUGGCAGCGUGGCGGUGUAUGCAAUUCCUACAUGCUGGCCACAGCAGGAGCAGCAGCAGCAGGCGCAGCAACAGCAGCAGCAGCAGGCGCUGCCACAACAACAGCAGCAGCAGCAGCAGCAGCAGCAGCAGCAGCAGAAACAGCAGCAAAAGCAGCAAAAGGACCCGCAACAGCAACAGCAGCUGCAGCAGCAGCAGCAGCAGCAGCAGCAGCGGCGGCAGCAGCAGCAGCGGCGGCAACAGCAACAACAGCUAACACUGAUGCUCUACUUGGCCCCACCGGCAGAGCUCGCCUUGCUGCAAAUACAGCGCCAGGCUGUGGCGGCGUGCGCCAACAUCAUCUGGCAGCAGCAGGGUGGUGGGGACGAGGCAGCAACGUUGGGUGUGUACGUGUGGUGGCCGCGCGUCAAUGUGCUGCGGCGCUACAGCUUGCUCCACCUGCAAGGCUCUGCAACGCCUCAGUUCGGGUCGGGGGCAGCAGCGCCAGCACUGGUGCAGCCGCCGCCGGCAGCUGAGGCGUCAGGAUCAUGGACGCUGCCGUACGCGAUCGCUUGUGCUUGCCGGCUGCUCGGCAGCUGUGGCGGAGGCAACUAUUCUGGCAGCAGCUCCAUCCUGGCCCUAGGGCUGGCCAACGGCUUUGUCGCGCUGUUUGAUGAGCUGCAAGGCGGGUUUGCGGGCGUCCUGCCGAGGCUGGCCUCCCCUCCCACACAACUGGUGGCAGUACCUGCCGGCCCCUGUGUCAAGGUCUCUCACCUGCUGGUGGCGGCCACAGAGGCUGGCCAGCUGUGGACCAGCACCCCCCGCCGCCCGGAGUCGGGGACGGAAGCCGCCGCCUGGCGGCGGCUCCCGCUGCCGCUCCUGCUGGCGGUGCAGCACUUGCAGGCGCUUCCAGGGGGCCCACCUCUGGUGCUGGCGGUCGCGGCUGCCACGCGGCCGGCUACGGUGGUGCAAGGUCUGCCCGCUUGGGCCAGCCUCAGCGGCGGUACAGCAGCUGGCAGCUUGGGCGGUGUCGGCGUCAGCGGCGAUGGGGCGGGCCUGCCGCGGCUGCUGAUCGUUGAUGCAGUAGGCGGCGACAUCGUGGCCGAGCUUCAGCCGACCCCUGGGUUGGCGUUUAUGCGGGCGCCUUCAACCAGCGGCUACACCGCGGCGGCGCUCAACGGAGCAGACCGCGGCACGCAGCUGCGGCGCGGCGAUGGUUUGCGGGCCCUGCCGCUUGCGGUGAAGGGCGGGGUGCUCGUCGUUGGCGGGUGCGCGCGCCAGACAGGCAGCCGUGGCGGCGCCAGCGGCAGCGGCGGUGCCGGGUGCGCUGAUCAGGCAGCUGCAGAGGGGCAAGCACAGCCGGUGGACCCCGGGCUUGAGGACACACAGCCCAUGCAGCAGCGGCAGCCUGACGCCGCCGUCUGCCCUGCUGAUGCACGCGACGCUUCCGCGGCUGAAGGGCCGGCGCAGCUGCUGGUCUAUGACCUGGCAGCUGUGGCCUCCGCACUUGCCAACGAUAAUGCGGCCGCUGCAGCAGCCGGCGCUGCGCAGGCCGCGCCGCGCUUUCCUCUACAAGCAAGUGCUGGUGUCGGCAGCAGCAUGGCGGGGGCGGCGCUACCAGCAAACGUCGCAAUUGGCGCGAGUGGUGCCACAGACAGAGAGGUGCCUCCAGAGAUCCCGGCCGCCAGUUCACCAUUCGUGAGCGAUCCAGCGGCAGGGCUGGCGCUGAAUUUUGCGCGCUCGCAGAUCGGGCCACCCGCGGAGAGGCGCCGCCGCGCUAAGCGCGCGGGCGCUGCGCUGCAGGCAGCGGCGGCACGGCUGAUGGUGUCCGAGGCCGCAGCAGGGGUAUUGCCGCUGUUGCCUGGGUUGAGCGCUUAG